UGAACUUUUAGAUUUGCAUAUGUAAUGAUUUCCUUGGGGAUAUAUUCAUAGAGUCCAACAAAUAAUCACCAGCUCAUUUUACGGUAGUAUACUAUGGCACCGCAAACUUUUUUCACUAAUUUUACAGGCUAUGGUAAAACUGGUGUCCGUUUGCUUAAAAUCAAGCGACGCUCAACACUUUACCACGAGAUCAAAGAGCUCGAAGUUGCCGUUGAACUGAAGCUACGAAGUAAGAAGGACUACUUGAAUGGCGAUAACAGCGAUGUGAUUCCCACCGAUACACAGAAAAAUACAAUUUAUGCCCUAGCAAAGAAACAUCCGAAACACUUGUUUGAAAGUUUGAAUUCGAAGGGAACAGCACACAAGUUUUCUCUACCUGUCAACUCUAUGCAGCUUGAUUCCAUAGAGGAGUUUGGUUUGCACGUGUGCAAAUACUUCCUGGACACGCACAAGCACGUUGACGCAGUAGUUAUUUACAUCAAUGAGGCUCCAUGGCAACGUGUCAAACAGGGUGGUAUUGGGCAUGCGCACGCAUUUAUCAUGACCCCGGAUGUUCAACGCUUCUGCGAAGUGUCGCAUGUAAGAGGAGAUGAACCAAAGGUGUUCGGUGGCUUGAGAGACAUGAAGGUGCUGAAAACCACCCAGUCAGGAUUCACAGGGUUCCUUAAGGAUCAGUACACAUCCCUCCCUGAGGUUGGAGACCGUUGUUUCUGUACAGUUGUGUACUGCAAAUACAAUUUCGAUUCCCUCGCUGGCGUCGAUUUCAAUGCCGUCCAUAAACUGGUGAAGGAUGUGAUAAUAGAGGAUUUCUCAGGGCCAGCCAAAACAGGGGAAUAUUCGGCCUCGGUGCAGAACACCAUGUAUAUUGCCGAGAACUCGCUACUUGAGAAAAUCCCUCAGAUCGGGAACAUUGAGAUGGUUAUGCCAAACGUUCACUACUUCAACGUGAACAUGGAUGCUUUCGGAAUCAAGAAUGAUAACGAGAUACUGAUGCCAGUUGACAAACCUUCGGGAAUCAUCAAAGCAGGGUUGUCAAGGCAACCGAAAGCACGUCUGUAAAUGAUUGAUCCAAUGACAUAAAUAAGGCUGGAGACAAAAUGCUUUUUUGGAGCACUUUAAUAGGAGCUUACAUAACUGUGAUGUUAGAACGUAUAAGGAUUUUAUUAUUUUUUUACAAACUUGCAAUUUUUAGAACAAUCUUUAUAUGUACUAACCAAGACAUUAAAAUAGGCGACUUUUACUGACA